AUGUUGAAUAUACAAAACUACGGAAGUAGCUCCGAAGAUGAAGGUGAUAAUGAUAAAGAGGUUGUAAGUGAACACAGUAAUGAGAAGCUGUUGGCUCACUUAAAACCUGUAGAUAAAAACUUUUCUGUUGCUAAAUCAAUGCAAAUAUGCGCUGCACCAGUUGUUAUGCCUACGAAUAGUGAUGACACAAGAAUACUGAUACGAAAUAAUGAAGAAUUAAUGCACAAUCCUAAAUAUGAAGAACUAUUUGCACCCACAUAUGGACCAGACAACCCGUUUCAAACGCAACAGAUGAGGGCAAAUAGAAAUAUAUUAUCCGGUUUUGUAGAGAAGGCACAUAUAAGUGAUUUUCAGUUUGAAAAUCAAAGAAGAACAUUUACAAGUUAUGGGUAUGCCAUGGAUCCUUCUACAGAUGGUGAUACGGGGAGUGGUGAUGCUAUUAUUGUAUCAACAAUGGUUGCCGCCCCAGAAGAGGCAGAUGGCAAGUCUGUAUUUGAGACAAUAAAGAAGAGGCCGCUUGACAAAAAGAAAAGAAAUAGAAAUGACAAUCCUGAAGACGUAACUGGGUUCUUGGGGCCUUGGGGUGGAUUUGAGGGUGAACAGAGGGUGAUGCGACCUGAAGGUGAAGAGGCGAAAGAAUUGGCUGAAAUAGUUGCCAAACGACAGAAGAAGGGCAAGGUUGAUGAUGACAAGCCAUUAGAAGAGAAAUCAAUAUUCCACAUCGACGCGGCCACGGACUACCAGGGACGGUCCUGGGUGGAGGCGCCGCGUUCCGAGACGCAGCUGCGGAGCGACACGCCGCCUGACAAGUGCUUCUUACCUAAGGCUCACAUCUUCACGUGGAAGGGUCACACGAAGGGCGUGGCCGCGGUGCGCUGGUUCCCCGGCACGGCUCACCUCAUGCUCUCCGCUGGGAUGGACUGUCGAGUCAAGAUUUGGGAGGUUUACGGCGAUCGGCGCUGCAUAAGAACGUACUUCGGGCAUAGACAAGCUGUUAGAGAUGUCAAUUUCAACAAUAGCGGGAAACAGUUCCUAUCCGCAGCCUACGACCGUUACAUAAAGCUCUGGGACACGGAGACGGGCGACUGCAUAUCGAGGUUCACGUCCCGGAAGGUGCCGUACUGCGCCAAGUUCAACCCCGACGAGGACAAGCAGAACCUCUUCGUGGCCGGCACCUCCGAUAAGAAGAUCAUUUGUUGGGACAUCCGAAGCGGUGAAAUAGUUCAAGAGUACGACCGACACUUGGGCGCCGUGAACACCAUCACCUUCGUAGACGAGAACAGGCGAUUCGUCACCACCUCUGAUGAUAAAAGUCUUAGAGUUUGGGAAUGGGAUAUACCAGUAGAUAUGAAGUACAUAGCCGACCCAUCCAUGCAUUCAUUGCCUGCCGUGACAGUGUCUCCGAACGGCAAGUGGCUCGCCUGCCAGUCGAUGGACAACAAAGUGAUCGUGUUCAGUGCCCUCAACAGGUUCAAGAUGAACAGGAAGAAGACCUUCAGUGGACAUAUGGUAGCUGGUUAUGCGUGUUCGGUAGACUUCUCACCUGAUAUGAGUUAUCUCGUGAGCGGUGACGCGGACGGCAAGUGCUAUAUUUGGGACUGGAAGACGACGAAACUUUAUAAGAAGUGGAAGGCUCACGACGGCGUCUGCAUCAGCUCGCUGUGGCACCCGCAUGAGCCCAGCAAACUGCUAACAGCGGGCUGGGACGGUCUCAUCAAAUACUGGGAUUAA